UUGUGACGUGUGCUCAUGUUGCCUUCGGGCAUGUUGGAGGAGCAUGCUGAGUGACAGUGGGUCUGACGAGUCAACCAGCUGAGCAAGGGACAUGCACUGCCUGGUGUCACUUCCUCACUCCCCCACUCCCUCACACGACCACCGAAAUGGCCGGCUGGGGCACCUUCUUCUUUUCCCUCCUGAACUACAAGACGGAAAAGUAUGUCAUCGCAGAGAACAGGAAGAUCGGAAUACUGUUUCGAAUCUACCAAUUGGCCGUGCUGGGAUACAUAAUCGGGUGGGUGUUUGUGAUGAAGAAGGGCUACCAGGAAAGAGAGGAGGCCAUCCAGUCCUCCGUCAUCACCAAGCUCAAAGGCGUCACUCUGACCAACAGCUCUGAGAGCGGCCUUCACCUGUGGAGUGCCGAGGACUACGUCAUUCCACCAAAUGGAGAGCAGGUUUUCUUCGUGGUAACAAAUUACAUUGAGACCCCCAAUCAGAGGCUGGGCUUCUGUGCCGAGAGUUUCAAGGUACCUGAUGGCCAAUGCUUGAGUGAUGAUGACUGCACCGAGGGGGAGACUGUCGUAGCGGGGCAUGGAAUUAAAACAGGCUUGUGUAUAAACAGCACCGGCACUUGCGAGAUUCAUGCCUGGUGUCCUGUAGAACACAGCAAAAGACCCACAGUGCCAUUACUGAACGAAGCCGAAAACUUCACCAUUUACAUCAAGAACUUCAUCAGGUUCCCAAAGUUUGAAUUUUCCAAGUCCAAUGUUCUUGACACCACUGAUGACAGCUACUUGAAAAGGUGCUCCUAUGACCAAGUGGACCAUCCUUACUGUCCCAUCUUUCGCCUCGGAGAUUUAGUCAAGUGGGCGGGACAUGACUUCCAGGACAUGGCUGCAAAGGGGGGGUCUGUUGGUAUCCUAAUUGAAUGGUACUGCGAUUUGGAUAAGGACUACUCUCAGUGUAAUCCACAAUACAGCUUCACCCGUUUGGACAUAAGUUUGAACAACUCCGUCACAUCAGGAUACAACUUCAGAUAUGCCAGAUACUAUAAGGAUCAAAAUAGGGAAACCUUUCGCACUUUAUAUAAAGUAUAUGGAAUUCGUUUUGACAUCAUGAUCAACGGCCAGGCAGGAAAAUUCAACAUCAUUCCUACAAUAAUUGCCAUCGGCUCUGGUGUCGCUCUUCUAGGAAUAGGAGCCUUUGUAUGUGAUAUGAUCCUACUGUAUAUGAUGAACACCAGUUCCUUCUAUAGAAACAAGAAAUUUGAGAUCAUCAAUUUCAAGAAAGAGCGGAAUACAAUCAGAGAGAAGAAUCGGGAAAGGGAAAGGAAAUCGAGGAAACCAGCUGCAGAAAAGGGGUCUGCCAACUCCAUGAAACAGAUAGAUGAUACUGAAGCCAUGGAGGUUCAAAACAAGGCAACAGAGGACAAGCGGGGUCCCACCAUUCCACGUAACACCGGCCAGCGGUACACCUCCACCCUCUCUCCACAUGGUGUGGAACCAAAGCAUCACAUCACAUUUGUUUCACACAAUUGAAAAUAGAAGGAAUUGCAAGGCAAAAAUGACCCGCGGCGGUGGUCUCGAAAGGUGGAACCAAAAAAAACUGUAACUCACUCAUCACUUUAGUGACAUGGCUGCUGGCUUGUCACCUGCUCAGAGAGACCGCCUUGACAACUGCACCUGUGUAAAGAUAUACAGGAAGAAAUGUUGCAUUUGCCGGCUGAUGGAAAAUGGAAUCAUCGACAGUUCCAUGAACAUAGGACUCAUCUCAACAUCAACCUUGGCAUUUUGUCGGAUGCCAUGCUGAAUCUUUGCGUAUUCAUUGCCAUUGUUUUAGCCAAUCACUCCUUGACAUUCGAUUUGCAUGAUAUUUUGAGUUGAUUUUAACGGUGCUGACUGACUCUAGCCGCCAGUCACCUGAUCUGGAGAAAUUGUCAUUCAAAGUGGAUUAACCCUGUUGUUAUACUGUGGGUCAAAUUGGCCAAUUCUAAAAUCAAUUAGGAAAGAAAAUAGAGUGAACUAUCCUCUUUGAGCCUCACAAGAGGUAAUAAAACUACAGUAAAAAAAAAAAACCCAUACCAGAGCUAGGUCCCUCCUCCCUAUCCGCUAUAAAUACCGAAAAACGAGGAGAAAUUGAUGCUUCCCCCAUUUUUAUUAUUUAUUAAACCAUUAAUACAUGCUAUGAUCCCCAAACACAUCUUACAUUUCCCCUUAAAAAUAAAUGUCUCACACAUCAAAAGGUGCCAACAGAGCAAAAACAUAUGCGAUAAAAAGGCUCUCUAACUUCCGCUAGCGACCCCGGCUAAAUUUCGCUCCUCCUCUACAUACAAGGAUCUUCAUCUUUCCAUCCAGUUGUGUCACUUCAGUAUGCUUCCUUGAUCAUUUAAAAGUACAUUUUAGAAUAUAAAGUAAAAUGCCUCAAUGCAGCAGAGUUAACUGAGGUGACACACAUUUGACAGAUUUAGCCUCUUUUAAAACUUAAAAUGAGUAAAAAUAUUGUAUACAUGUGUGGUAAAAUGUUGCUUCACCUUAAAACUACAAAUAAUUUUACAUACGCAUUGAAAAUAUUUGCUGAAAACAUCAUUGAUUUUUAAAAAUGUCCCUAAGUUUCUUGACAAUUAAUUAACCUAUUUCACAAAAUGUUUGUGGCUCAUCUUCAAGCGACCUGGACCAUGUCCAAUUUUAACAUCAAAUUUGCCCAUCAUUGACUUCACUGAUGCCUUGAUGCCAUGAUUCGUGCGAUAAAUUCAACAUGUCUGCCUGGUAUUGUGUGCGACUGUACAAAUGUGAGUGUAUUCCGAUAUUCUUUCAAAGGUCUUAUUGCUGCAAAUGAAUGCAUGUCGCCUCGAUAGCAAGUAAAGCAAAAAAGAAAAAAAAGAUUUGACAGAUGCAGAUAAGUACAGAUGUAUUUAUUCCAAUCAGUAAUCACAUUUCUUUGUAUUGAACUUCAAGACGAUACAGAAAGGUGCAACAACAAAUAGUUGCACCUUGUUUAGGAUAUGAUGUGCUACUGUCUGUUAGACUACAUCCAAAUAAUAAUCCUGGGUAGUAUCAUAAAUCAGGUGAGGCCUGGAGUUAUUAAAAGGCAUUGUUGAGUGUGUGAGGAGAAAGGAAAAAUGUCAUGUCAGCAGGUCAUUAUGGAAUAACAUUAAAAUCUAUUUUUGGCUCAUCU